AAAAAAAAAAAAAAAAAAAAAAAAAAAAAAAAAACUUGGCGGUUGAAGUUUCCCCCGAAAUAUGGCUCAACGCCGCAGCGUGAUCGUCACAGGGGGCGCAAGUGGUCUGGGCAAGAUCAUGAGCCGCCACUUCGCCUCGCUCGGGGACGCGGUGACGAUAUUCGACGUCAACGCCGCGGACGGCGAGGCCGUCGCCGCGGACCUCGACGCCGCGCAGAAGAGGACGCACGGUGCCCAGGGAGCGGGAGGUGCGGUGCGGUUCGAGAAAUGCGACGUCUCGUCGUGGACAGAGCAGAAAGCGGCUUUCAAGGCUGUGUAUGACGCCGUCGGACGCGUCGAUGUGGUCGUGGCUAAUGCGGGUGUUGCUGAGAAUGCGCGCAGCUGGGUUGUGCCGUCUAUAGAGGAGGACGACGACGAGCUGGAGAAGGAGCCUGCGCUGAAGGUCUUGGAUAUUAAUCUGAAUGGGGUUGUAUAUUCGGUCAAACUAGCCCAAUAUUACAUGAGACGCAAUACACCAGACGCUACGACAGGGUCCCGCGGCGCCAUCAUCUGCACCGCGUCCAACGUGGGCUUGUACCCGUUUCCGCCAGCACCGCUGUACGCGGCGUCGAAGCACGCCGUCGUCGGCCUUGUUCGCUCUCUUGGCCCUUUCUACGCGAUGGCUCACAUCGGUAUCAGAAUCAAUGCGUUAGCACCGGCAGUGUUAGCAACGAAUAUCGCGGGUACUGACGCGCUCUUCAAUAAUAUGAUCCUCACCCCAGAUAGUACGCUGAUCAAGGGCGUGGAGAAGCUCUUGAACGACGUUGAGCUGAACGGCCAGGUGCUAGAGAUCCAUGGCGACAACGUCACUGUGCGCCCGCCGCAUGAUGUCGUCGAUGCAGACUCGCGGCAUAAUCUUGCGGAGUUUGUCCGGCUUGGGUAUGGACAGUAGAGUCCACGCAGGGAGGAGCAGAGUGGAUGUUACGUCUUUGAUAGGGGAGAAUGAAUAUUGCGAGUGGCUGAUGGCUUAGUCGGUGCGAGGGGGGUUUACAUGUAUUUGGGAAACUGGGGUCGUGAUGGCAAUGUAUAGUGAGUUACAUAGGAGUCAAGGGUAAGCAGGGGGUACCAUUCCCUCUUGGAGAAUGGAUCAUGUUGUGCAUAAACGCUUACAUAUCUGAACUUUAGGUUACUGUGUUGUCUUUUGUGCAUCUAAUCGGCCUAGAAAUAUACUAAUCAUCUUGAGGCAUGCUCCUUGGUGAUAUCAGUAGGUGGUUAUAUCUGGCCAGAAUAAUGUCAUGAUGGAAAGGUUGUUAUCAUCAUCGAGGCUGUUGUUCGCUGUGUCGUGUCACUGUCGAUGAUUAUAAUCCAUCGUUGAAAUCCCAAGACUAGGCUAGCAAUUUCAGAAAAUCAAUUCUGGAUUUUAUGCUGGCCAAAAAGCAGGAUUCCAAUCUCUCG